UCAACAUUGAGAAUUGGGUUUUGCUUUUGACUUAUGAUUUAUUUCGUACAUAAAAAUUAUACCUACCAUAUCAUGCAUGAAGAUGAUAAUAGAACAAUGUAAUCAAAUUUGUAUAGUUUUGUGAUUGUCAUAACUUAUUCAAAAUAUUUUAAUGUUUUAUUAUUGGUUUCUCCAUUUAACAUGAAGUACGACUGUUUGACGACGUUGUAUUGGUUUGAGAGAUGAAUAUUUUUCUCUUCGCUUUUGUGUUGUGAAAAAGGAAAAAAUGUUUGGAAGACCGAGGUGCAGGGAAUGGACUCCUUUAACCACUCAGCAACUUCGAUUACGAAGUUUAAUUCAGAUUGUUGGCUACAACAUACGCCCACCAGAGUGGUGUAAUCAUCAAUGUAGCUAUUACUUAACUCUACAUCACACAACGAUGUCAGCGCCGUUCUAUACAAGUGAGAGAAUAUCAUCACCACAUCCUAAAUGGAAAGAAAUUGAUUCAGAAAUCACUCAACGAAUAUCGUCAACAAAUGUUGUUAUACGAAUCUGGUGUCAUAUGCUCUCACCUUGCAAAGACGGUGAAGAAACAAUUGAUCAAAUCCAAGAUACAAUAAUUCAAACAUGGGGCGUCUAUUUUAGCGGUCUUAGAUACAUCGGCGCAAAUUUAGCACUCAAUUUUAAUUCAGAUUGCUUUAAAAGCAACACACUUGUUUUCCAAAUGCUCGGAGGUUACUUCUGUUCCUAUAAAAGUCUAAAAUUAGAUAUAAUCCCACCAGAAAAUGGCCCUGAACAGGGUUCUUUUUCAUCAGAUUCAUCAGACCUUUCUAAAAUUGAGUCUAAGUUAGUAAAAGACAUAAGGUUCAUAUCUCCCAGAAAAUUAAAAAAGUUAGAUAAAGAAUAUUCUAAAAGUCACAGUCCAGUUGAUAGAGGCUUUAAGCAGAGUUUUCCAACUCUCCGGCCCUCAUCUAGUUUAAAUAUAGGUAGGAAAAGGGAUGACAGCGCCGAGAGGAUGCAUAAUCCCAAUCAAAUAUACGAACAUUCGCCGGAUUUAGUUAAAGAAUUUAGGACCAGUGAUAUCAACUGUGAUAUAAAGGGCGAAGACGUAUCUAGAAUAGACUUGAGUGAAACUGCCGAAAGUUACGAUUUGAGGAAUGAAAUGGACGGUGUUCCAAAAUAUCGAUAUAUGGCGUUGAAUUUUCUGAAAUCGGAAAUUAGACCGAGCUACAACGCGACUAAAUUGCAAAACCUCCAUUUACUACAGUAUGCCAUAAAGAAAAAGCAAGAAGCCGUUCAAGAGAUUAAGGAAAGUAUAUACAAAAAGUCAGCGUUAUGUGACUCAAUAUCACCGCCAGAAUUUGAAGGAAACUUAAAGAAUAAAAGUAAAUCACAGCGAAAUUUGUUUUCUCCACUUGAAGAUGAUUCAAAUGAGAUGAAAUCUUCUUCGCAGAGUGAUUUGACCAAAAAUGGAAAGAUAAAGGAAGAUAAAACUCCUGUAUCUAAUGGACCAAGACUGACUUUAAAAUUAAACGAUUUGCUUUCAUAUAAGUCUAAGCCGUCUCCCUUCCAAAGGGCAGAGCACAUUAGACUAACAAAGCAAUUAGAAAUACUUCAUUUUAAGCGACUUAUCCUCUCAGAUGAAAGAGAUAGCAAAUAUGCAAAUAUUAGAAGACUGAAAGAGAGGCAGGCGAAGUUGUUUGAAGAGAAUCAGGAUGUUGGCUCUGAGCUGAUGACGAACUACUACGCGUUAUCACGUCGCAACGAGUCGUUAAAGGAAUUGCGCGAAUCGUGUAGUGCGAUGCGUGAACUCGCAGCGCGAAAUCACGCGGCGCUUAGUAACUGUAGAAGCGAGUUAUUGCUACACCUGCAGAAGAUAUUUUAUAUAGAGCAGAAGGAUGCAACCACAUGGACAAUAAUUGAUGUUCCUCUACCCAUAUGCGGUGAUGAUACUCGAGCAUCGAACCCGGUACCGGACAGUGUGGCUACGGGCUUUGUGGCACAGGCCACAGUACUGGCUGCCGCGAUUUUGAACCAACCUCAGCGCUACAAAAUCACUUUGUUGGGCUCUGCUAGCAAAAUACUCGAUAUUACACCAGACUUGCCUGAUCCAAACCUGCCGCUCUUCGCGAGAGGCGGCGAUAUGACCCUAUUCCGUUAUGCCAUGUUCCUGUUAAACAAAUGCAUAGCACAAUUACUCUGGGGAAGGGGUUUAGCCGUUCACGACAUGAGACCGACUUUGGCUAAUUUACAACGCCUACUAAUUACGCCCUGUAAUCUGUCGGACACGUCAAAAUUAUUCGGUACGUAUCAAUGGUUGGCUGACGGGGAUUGUCCGAGAACGCAGUCGUUAAGAAGUCUACUCGCCUCUGAUAGAGGGAAAUGUAGCAGACAGUUUAAUAGAUUUAAGGAAUGCGUAGACGGACACACAUCGCAAAAGAAAUCGCUGCAAAGACAUAAACACUCAAGAAGCGAUGGCAGUUGCUAUCAAGAGGAUGCCAAUAUCACAGCGCUAAAUACGUCAUCUACAUCGAUUAUGGGGAGUGAAUCAAACUUGUAUAAUAUAAAAUUAGCAGAAUCCAGUAAUUUCAAGACUCAAUCGAACCCCGAAAUAUCAUCAAUGAACAGCGAAGAUGUGCUUUUCACGAUAGGCGAUGAUGAGAAGCUCCUCAAAAUAUCAUCAAACAACGAUGAUGUAUCCGAAAUCUGCUCGGCCAUCAAAGACUAUUGCGCGAAGACAGACCUACAAAACUUCGAUGUGGUGAAGCAUAUGAAAUGUGACACAGAUGUGUGUCCGGAAAUUGAGGAUUUAUGUGCGAGUUGCGAUAGGAAUAGUGAUGUGUGUAAUCUGGAGUGUUCAAACAAUGUGUCUGACGUUAUUGUUAUACCCAGUGCCGAGGCGAUCAUUGAGGAUUGACAAUAGCGCCAUCUAGAAUUUAUUAAAGGGCUGUUAUUUUUAAUUAGGUACGGUAGCGAAUAUUGCUUAUUCUGCUAUACUCUGUUAAAUUUACAUAAUGAGAGCUAGACCAGACGCUUUGCACUUUCAUCAAUAGCUCGGUCUGACAGGAAAUACUUUUAAUUUUCGAGGUUAUGGGCUUGCGUUAAGAUGUAUUUUAUAAUUCUCAGAAGGUAAUAUUGGCUUUAAAGCCCAUCUAACAACCCAUGGCGGAUAUAGAUCGCUACUGUCAUAGUAUUUGUAAUUUUCUGUAUAGUUAAGAUAAUUUACUACACAUAUAUAUCCAUCAUAAAUGAUAAAAAAUCGUUAAGUAUUAUGUACAUGCAUUAGAUAUACAUAAUAGAAUUCUUAAAAUCGAAUUAUAUAAAUUAUUGUCUAGUUGGACGUCGAGGCAGAAUACGAAAUACCAACUACUUCUAUGCAUUUUAUGCCGCGCACCACCACUAUGUGGAACCAGCUGUCCACUACUAUAUUUCCAAACCAAUUAUACUUAAAGUCCUUCAAGAAAAGUGGCGUACCAAUUUUUAAAACGCCGGCAACGCACUCGCGUCGCCUAUGACAAUAAGAGUGUCCGUGGGCUGUAUGACUUAAAAUCAGGUCUGCUUUCAGCCCGUUUGGCUCCUGUGCUAUUAAAAAAAAUGUUGUAUGGUAAACAGAGACAUAAGCAUUUGUAUAACUGCAUAGUUAAACGUGAUUAGACAUGUGAAUGAUAACGGUAUAAGUGAACUCAAAAAAGUCUUAUCGGAGUUGGAAAUCGGAACUAUGAAAUGUUGUAACGAUUAUUAAACCCAAUAAAACGCGGACUGUCUGUUACCAUGAUAACCAAAUACAUCGUGAUGGUAACCAUGGUGAUGAACGUCAUGGUCCACGGAUGUACGGGACCACAGUGUAAAGGGUUCACAGUCUGAGUACGACUCCUAUAAUGUGAAACAUUAGGGAGUCGUACAAGGCAAAGUGCAAUACGAAAAAAAUCACUUAGGAUAAUUGUGACCUCAUUCAAUUUUUAACUUGGUUAGAAAGUAUAACGUCGUAAAUAGAUCGCGCUAAUCCCCCAAGUGAUUGUAUAUUAAUCAGAAGUCUGUAAAUAUAAAUUUUUGGUCCAUGUUACGUGUAGUAGAUUUCAAAAUGAGUUUAUAUGUGAUAUAAUAUAAUUUCGAUUUAUACAUAAUAAUUUAUUGUAGCUAUUUUAAUGAUAUUAUAAAAAUGUGUCAAUUUAUAAUAAAUGGUAAUGGCGUUGGGUUAUUUUCUGUCAUUGGCUUCAAAUUUAAGUUAACAUUGUUUUCAAACAACUGAUUAUUACAUAAAGUCCUUACUGAACGUAUUGUAUGUAUUUGACGAAUUCACAGUUGAUAAUUAACAUCUUUCCCGCAAGGAUUUUGGCAUGGACGACGUCUAACCAAUCUUAAUGGUACGUACUACUAACUUUUUUCUACGUGUCUAAUUAAAGUAAAAAUAUAAUCUCGAAGUAUACAGUAUGUCAUUUUUGACAGUUCACUUGAAAUGGCCGUGACGCUAUCCAUGAACCUAUGAACAAUAUAUUUAAUUUCAUAUUAUAUUGUUAUUUAAUUUAAUUAAGUUAUAAUUUGGAAUGUUUAUCUAAUAUAAACCGUGUUUAUUUUAAUAGAAAGCUGGGCGCAAAUACCAAAAUUUGUUAUGUUAUAAUGUUAUUAAAAAAAAGGUUUUUUUGACUAUAGUUGUAAUUUUUACGUAUUACUGAACAGCCAAAAAACCGUGGAUUGAGAACAAUAUUCUAUCCUAUGGGUAGCAUGUAAUGUGGUAAACAAAAAUGUUACCAUGGCAACCAACACGUCAGCCAUACGUAGACUAAAGGUCUGUAAAAUAUAUCGUUAGCAAAUGUAUGCGCCUGGGGAGACUAUUAAAAUAUAUACCUUUUAAUCCACAGUGCCUAAAUUCCAGCAAUAAACAGUCCGCAUAUAUCAGUUGUAAAAUAAAAACAUAAAUC